AUGACUUGUCAUAGACUCAAGAAGAGCGCGUCUAAACAUGUAGAUUGGCCAUGCCUUUUCACGGUCAUAUUUUAUCAUCCUCUCCAGACGAUUUCAAACCUAGUGGCACUGGCCGCUGGAGCUGGAUUUGGCCAUAAAAUGGUGAGCUGGUUUCCAAUCACCACCGUAGAAACCGAUCCGCCUGAAAUCACCAUUGCUAUCACGAACAUGGAUGGGGGUAUUUGGUGGUACAGAACUUAUCCUGCUGGUAUGAAUCGAAUUAUUAAGCAGGGCGUGAGAAAGGAGAGAGGUAAAUUCGUGAUCAAUGGUCAUGCGUUUGAAGGACUAAACGAAGGACGAGGAUACCAGAUCAACAUCUUGAAUAAGGACGCUGGCUCAAUCUUGGCUCAAAGCCCGCAGUUUACGCUAUCGUCCGAGGACCCAAGUGAUACAGGCCCAUCGCUUCCCAAUCCCAACAAUCAGACAAUAAAUGGGGCAGACGAUCACAUGUCCCCAGGUGAUGAUGAUGAUGACAUCGACGAAGUGAUGGCGAAUAAUUUCAACAAAACCUACGCCGAUGAGCUCCUAACGAGCACUUCUCGAGAUGAUCACUCGCGGAAAGACUGCGCACGAAGUACCAGCAUGGGGCCCAAAGUGGUGAGGAUUGUGCGUCGUGGAAUCUAG